AGUUCCAGGUACAGUAUCUUCAUGAGUCAUGCUGAACACAUUUUUUUGGAGGGGCCAUACAGUAUAAAUUCCCUAGGCUUAUACAGUCAACUACAUUGGAUAGAGAUCCAUCUCAACUCAUCUAACGGGCACUUAGAGGAUAUUCCUUUACAGGCAAAAAAAUGUCGGAAAACCAAGAGCUUGUGAUCAUAAACAACCCUGAGUUUAUUCAGGAGCUUCUUCCAUCUGCUCAGCGUACGGCUUUGCUGUAUCAUCUGUCUUACCUGUGUUUGGCUAAGUUCCCCAAGUUGGAGAGGAUUCUCAGAGAGCGUGCUACUGAAACCCAGCUUCUCUUUGGUUCCUCUGAGGCUCUUCUGCUGAAGUGUGCUGCCACAAGUCAAAACCUGGUUUCCACACUUUUGCCUGGGCUGAAGACUGCUGUUGAAAAGAAUAAAAGCAUUCUGGCCAUUAAGUCCCUAGAAAAAGCAAGAGCAUGGAUCACUGAAAUUGUUGACAAAGUGGAACAGAUGGUGGAGAGAAAAAAACUAGAACAAGCUAGUAAGGAGGUAGAUGCUCUGGAGAAGGCAGUGAAUGCUCUCAACCAGGAAUUGUGGAAUAACAAUCAGGAAAUUGGACGAAUUGAGGCAACAAUUGCACAGAAAAACAAUGAGCUGCAGAAUCACAUCAGAGAGUCUUCCAACAAAAAUAAUGGUCUGUCUAUCAUGGUGUGCCUGAUACCAUUUGUUGGGCCAUUAAUUAAAUCCAUACAUCAGGCUCAAGCUAACCAAGCUUUGGCUGUGAAAACCCAGGCUAUCUCCAAUGAGUUGUCUCAGCUCUCCAAUGAGAAAUCCAACCUGAGAAACAAGGAGUGGAACAUCCAUGUCAGGUUGACUGAUAUGCAGCUGAAGUUGGCAACCAUGAAAUUAGAGAAGGGUUCAAUUCCGGACCCUGUCCAUCUGAACGAUGUCCAAACCUGCCUCACCCGAAUCCAACAAAUUCUGAUUCAGAUUAAGAAGUUCUGGGAAGCAGUGAGUAUAAUGCUGGAGGCUCUCAAAGAUGAGACUUUUGCAGACGAGCACUUCAUCGAUGAUUGUGAAAUGAAGGAGACGUUUCUGAAAACUAUUACUACAGCACAAAAGCACUGGAAGGCCUUCGGUGAAUACUGUCUGAGCGCCAGGGGCAUCUUCAGCUUGCAGACUAAGGAUGCGUAUAAGUUCCUGGAGACCAGCCCAUCUUCACUGUCAAAAGAGGAAUGGAAAAGACAGUAUGAUGCUGUCAUUGUUCAGCUGAACAAAAUAUGUCCUGAUCCCUGCACUCCCAAAGAGACAGCUGCCAUUGCUUAGUAAUGUACAAGCUUAAAAAGCCAUUACAGUACAAACAACUUAUCUAUAAUGUUUCAGGCUACCGGCUCUGAAUAAUAUGU